AUGAUGCUACAGGAUAAUCACGCAUCUCCGGCUCCUUAUGUUCCAUUUAUUACGGCAGUCAAGUCGUUAAUUUUUCAUUCUCUAUGCCAGUUUGAUAUUCUUAUUCCUUUAGGUCCCGUUUUAGUCAAUAUGACGAAUGGAAAUUUACUGAAUAUUGAGCCUUCUCUUUCACCCUUUGGAGACCUUAUACUUAAAAUAUACCACCAACAAUCCAAUUUAUUUAAACUUUCACAUGCAAUUGAAAGCUGUAACGCAUCCUCCAAACCUCUUCAGAUUCCCUCCAAAAUUAUACUUUCUCCAAUUGGUAUUCCAGCAUCUUUCAUUUCUUUUAUACCUCCCCCAAAGUCAGUUAAGGGCUUUGUUAACCUCUUAAUGUGCUCAUAUGGUAUUAAAAUUGAAGAUACCAGGCUAGCUUCAAUGGACUGGGCUACUUUUAAUAUAAGUCCACAGAUGGCAAACCCAAUAAUCAUUUCAUGGCCAAUGGAUUUUUGCUUUUGCCAGCCACCUUUUAAGCAUAAGACAGAUAACGAUUUAUUUUGGUUUCGAUCAAAUGACAUUAUUUCACAGGUUGAAACUCACAUGAACGAUUUACAAGCGAUUGCUUCUCUUGAUGAAGACUAUAGAAAUGACAAUGAUAAAAGUAACGAUAAUGAUUCUAAUGACAACAAACGACUAACAAACGGGCUUGGACUGGUUUCCAAAGAUUUCACAGAUAGCCUAUCAAUUAACUUGUCGGAAAAUGCAUCACAUAUAUUUAACAGCCAUUUAAUUUCCCAACAACCUUUGAGAAUGAAUGGCAUGGGACCUUCGAUUAUUUAUCCCACACCUCCUGAUCCUGCACUUAGAUCCCGACCUGAUAUUAAUGAGCAAGAUCACGCAAUUAACGAUUUUACUCCGGGGAAGUCAUCUAAAAACUGGGAUGACAUUGAAGAACUUUUUGGAGAUGCACAAGAAAUCACUGAAGAUGACUUUAACUUUUUUGAUGACACAAAAGAAAAAGUGUUAAACCCAAUUCAAGAGGAGCAGGUCAAUGAGCCUGUACCUCACUCUAGUGAAAAGGAAGAUAUCAAGUCCCAAUCAUCGGCGUCAACGAAUUCGUCAUCUUUCUUAUGGCCAAUGCCAUUUGCAUCUAGUCAGACGAUUGAAGUGAAGCCAAGUCAAGGAUUUGAAUUUGAGAAUGUUUCAAUUCUAAGUAAUCUUUUUACUGAGGAAAAGAGAAACAAUAUAUUUUCUCCGUUAAAGUUCCACAGUUCGAUUUCCAACAAUCUUGAUUCCAAGUAUUCUAGAGGUGGCAGGUACUUUGUAGAGCCGGGGACUUUAGAAGAAGAAGAAGAGGAAGAUAGUGACAUUGAAGAAAGCGAUGACGAUACUUGUAAGCCACCUGAAAACAAUUUAAAACCAGGAGGUCGGCCCUUUGAAGUUAAGGUUGCUUUGAAAACUCAGCCUGAAUCUCCAGAUUUAAAGCGGAAGCUUGAGGAAGCUAAUUUAUCGGAAACGGAGGAUGACAUUGUAUCGAAGAAGCUUGCCACUGGAUGGUUUAAUCUUCUUUCGCAGUCUCGUAUUGUUGGGAAACUUAGUCCUCUUUUCUUUUUACCUGGCGUGGAUAUUAAGGCCUCGGAUUCCCAGAUUUUUGAUUCCACCAUUGAAGUGCUUAUUCAUCAAGUUAUUUGGGAUGAUGGUAUUUUUUCAAACAUUAUUUCGAGUGCUUUAGUGCCACGGUUUAUUAAUGACGUUACGCUUAUGGACAAUUUAAAGGCUCUUUUCCCUCAGCUUGAGCAACUACAUUUAUCUCAAGUUUUAAGCUUAGCAGAUGGCAAGGAAUCGAAUGCAAUUGGUAGUUUACCUGCAUCUGGGACGAAUUCACCAGUGUCUUUAAAUCGACAAGACUCUUUAUCCAAUCACGGCAAUGAGAGGUUAAAUUCUCAGUCACGACCUCAGAGCCGAUCAUUACUUUUCCCUGAUUCUGUGGAGCCUUCUACAAAUAACUACGAUGUGUUUACUGAUUCUCCCAAGAUGAACACACAGAUUUCAGGCAUAUUACCGAAUUCUUUUUCACAGACUGAGCAGCCUGUGAAUCCUCCAGCUUUGGCUAGGCCACGACCUGAGCUGAAGCUUUUAUUUUCGAUUGACACACCUCAUUAUACGAUGGUGCGGAUGAAUCAAACAUUAAAGGCCAAGUCGCCUAUUUUAAGGUUUUGGAAGGUGUUUGGGUUGGAGCCUAAGAAUGGGAAAAAGACGCUUUCAGUGAUUAUGCUAUCCCCUGGGGGGAAGAACUCAUGUAAGGAAAGUGCGUAUUUUUUGCAGUCGUUAAAGGGCUCUUAUGAAAGUUCUGGGCUUGGGACUUUGACAUUGUUAAAGUCCAAGUCUAUGUUUGAAGGGACUAUUCCAGUUUCAUACCAGGGCCAAAAUCUGGAUCAUGCAUUGGAGACGAUGAGACAAACCAUAAUAUCACUUAGCAGGGAGCUCAAGAGUGAAGGAUCGAAGCCACAGAAUCUUGUUGUUAUAAUUGCAGAUCCAUUUUCUUCUGUGUUGUCACUGAUGGCUUUUAGUCAAGCGUUUGUUCAAUUUAAGCGGGAGUAUCUUGCGAAUGAGGGGAAUGGAGGGGACAAUGUGAUUUUGAAGAUUAUACCUGUUGAGAUAUUUGCAUCAUGUGACAGUUUAAACGUUCCAUCUCAGUAUAAGAUGGUUAGGUUUGCGUUAGACUUGUAUGAGCGGUGUCCAGUUGUUGGUGAGAAUGCAUUGGAGACACACCGGUUAGUUUCUGAGGGACUAAGGACUCAACGACGGAGUCCUGCGUUUACACUUUCGCGGUUACCUCCUAACAAGAUCAAUUUUAAUUUUUCAGCCAAGCCGUCGCCUUUAAUUUUAGAUGAGGAUAGUUUUCUGCACAUUGCAUAUUCAGUUUCUGAGAAUCGCAAGUGGCUUGUUUCAUCGUGGUCUGAUCAGUAUGGGGAGAUAAGCAAGGUAGAAGCGUUUUGCUUGAUGAAGGCGGAAGGUCAGAUGAGGUUGCCUGAGGAGGUUUGUCCUGAGAUUUGGCAAAAGACGCUGGGAUUGAUUUCGCAUCUUCCGGUGCGCUGGAAAAUCACAAUAGCGAAGCUUGGACGGAUUGAUGAGGAUGAGGUGGAGAUGUGGAAGGGAUUUGCGAGUUCAUCAGGGAAGAAGAUUAGUUCAUUGUACAUUUUGAGUGUGAAUACGAAGCCUUCGUUUAUGAUUCGGGAUGGGAUGUUUAGAGAUGAUGAUGAUGAUGAUGAUGGUUCGAUGUUUAGGAUGAUGCAUGGUGGAAGUAGGAAUGGAAGUGGGAAUGGAAGUGGAAAUGGAAUUGGAAAUGGAAAUGGAAUUGGAGGUAUAGGUGGAGGGAGUGGUGAGAAGGAUAUUGGGGAUGAUGCUGUGAUUAUUGAUUGUAAGAAUGAGAUUUAUGGGGUACUUGUUAAGCAUGAGACUGGGUCAAUUGGGUCAUUUUUGACUACGUUUCAAGCACCGACCCAACUGAUUACGGGGUAUCUUGUAAAGGCAGAAGAUGGAGGUAGGGAGCUGGGGGGAGGAAAUAAGGAAGAGAAUGAUGGGGGGAUGGGAGGAGAGGUUGGAGUGUUUGAGGCAACUUUAGUUCACUGUUGCACGUCUCCUGGGGAGACAAUGCGGGCGAUUCUUGUACAAUAUCGGCAUUUGGCAUCAUUAGGAGCGACUACAGGUGUUGAGACGCGAGUUGGGUCUAUAUCGCCGUGGCAUGUAUAUGCUGUGGAUAAAGCUUUACGGGUUCUUUUGCAUAUUGUUUAG